AGGACGAAAUGCAUAUAAAGCCGACCAUGAUCACCGCAAAGUCCCCAUCAUCGCCCCGCCAGCCAUCCAAGCCUUCGCACUUCCCAGCCUCCCGCAUCACCACCCCCUCGUCGACCGAGUCAUUACAAGCUGGCUAUCAUGUCUGCUCAGGCCUCUACUCCUCGACCUUCCCGCGAGCACUUCGACGCGCAGCUCUCAACCCCGCCUGUCGCAUUCACUCACGCACCGCGUACCCAGGCUGCUAGCCUUGAAGAGGGUACGAACGCGAUUGACGACUUCUUCGGCGCCCUUGCCCGGCACCACGACGACGCGCCGCCGCCGUACUCCUGCUCUUCCGCGCCUCCUGCGUACACACGCUACGCGGAGCACCCCACCCUCGCCAUGUAUCUCUUCAAGUUCGGCUUCCGUGAUGUUCCCUCUGUUCUGGAUCGCCGGCGCGCUCAUACUCAUCUCCCCCUCCGCGCGCCCGAGGACUGGGAGCUCUCGAAGACAGAGGCGGAACGCGAGGAGCUGAUCGAGAACAUGCGCCAUACGGAGGUCAAGUGGGCGAAGCGCUGCCUCAUCGCGCUCUCCGUCCUUAUCCUCGUCGUUCUCACCGUCGUGCUCGCCGCCGUGUUCCUGACGAGGACAUGAAGACGGUCAUACCCCAUCGCGUCGUAACGCUCACGAAUCCGACGCGCUCCUAUCUCCGGCUCUAGCAGCCGCCAUAGCCACCCCGCCGAGUCCUAGCGACUGAGGAAGAAUGCCUCCGCUGGCGACCCCAACCUCCGCUCCUUCGCCCCGCCGCUCUAUGCCUCGGAGACAUCGCGCUGGCGUAUCCAGGCCGCAGCCCCCGCCGUCGCCAUCCCGGCAGCUUGUUCUCCACAAAUGAUGUCCCAGUCGUCCACCCUCGACACCACCC